ACUAUGACGUUCAUUCGUGGUUUGUGUAACACUUACGUCCUUUGCAAGGGUUGUUUUGACGUGUUGUCUAAUACGCUCGAGCCGUGAUGUCAUCAACCGGCUCCCCAAGAACUAACCUUGGACAGAACCAGUGAAUAAUAAAUGGGCUCGUGCGCAUCGCGCGCUCAUGUCGUUAGCUUAUCAAGUUGUUUGGAACGGACUAGGCUAGCGCGUUUGCUAGCUUAACUAACAUUUGCUACUGACACUUGGAGCGUCAACGUCAUUCAAGUUCAACUGUGAGGAGUCAUGGUGUUGGUGCAAAGCUACUGUGAACCUGGAUUUCCCAUCUCCCAGACGUGGGUGGAUGAAGGAAUCUCCCCCUGCUUCUACUUCACUCUGGUUCCUGCUGUCCUGCUCACCAUCGCCUUCUUCUUGGGAACCAUCCACUGCCUCUUCUACCAAAAAUAUGGCACAGCCAUGGAGCCCAAGUACAUCCCCCGCUCCUGUCUUUACGUACUCCAACUGGGCAUUUCCAGCCUCCUCUUGAUCCAGUUUGUCGGCGGGAUGGUGUGGCAAGCCACCCUUGGAGAGCAUCUCCCGGGCUAUGUGGUUCUCUACGGCUGCUUCUCGGUACUGGCCUGGGUUUGGGGGCUGGCCAUGCUCAGGGUGGAGAGGCGAAGGGCUCUGCUCAGGGAUCCAACGGCGGGCCACAGCGCAGCACUACUGUUGUUCUGGGCGACGGCCUUUGCGGCGGAGAACCUGGCCAUCGUCUCCUGGUUCAGUCCGCACUGGUGGUGGGGCCUGGAGAAAAAUCACCAACAGGUGCAGUUUGCUUUAUGGCUGAUUCGCUACGUGGGUACAGGGCUCCUCUUCUUUGUGGGUCUCAAGGCCCCGGGCUUGCCCAAGAAACCCUACAUGCUGCUUAUAAAUGAGGACGAGCGAGACAUAGAGCAAAGCGCACAGAGUCUCUUGGGCCAACCCGAUCCGAACCAGUCGACUUGGCGAGGUUUCACCAAGAAGGUGAAGCUUCUGCUCCCUUACAUGUGGCCCCGGGGGAGCGCCUGGCUCCAGCUGCUCGUCCUCUUCUGUUUGGGAUUGCUGGGAGUAGAACGGGCCAUCAACGUCUUUGUUCCCAUUUACUACAAAAAUAUUGUUAAUGAACUGACUGAUGGCAGCAGCUGGAAGAAGGUGACCACCACUGUGUGCAUUUAUGUGCUGUUAAAGUUCAUGCAGGGAGGCGGGGCAGGUGCCUCUGGGUUUGUCAGCAACCUGCGUUCUUUCCUGUGGAUCCGAGUGCAGCAGUUCACCAACCGGGUGGUGCAAGUGCGCCUCUUCGCCCACCUGCAUUCCCUUUCGCUGCGCUGGCACCUGGGCCGUAAAACCGGCGACGUGCUGAGAAGCAUCGACCGCGGCACCUCCUCCAUCAACAGCUUGCUCAGUUACAUCGUGUUCAGCAUCGUCCCAACAAUUUCCGACAUUGUCAUAUCCAUCAUUUACUUUAUCACCUACUUCAACGCGUGGUUCGGCCUCAUCGUUUUUGUGUGCAUGACCCUCUACCUCACCUUGACCAUCAUCAUCACAGAAUGGAGGACCAAGUACAGACGCGACAUGAACCAGCAGGAUAAUCUGGCCAAGACUAAGGCCGUGGACUCCUUGCUCAACUUUGAGACGGUCAAAUACUAUAAUGCGGAAAACUACGAAGUCGGCCGCUUUGAGGACGCCAUCUUGAAAUAUCAGUCAUCAGAGUGGAAGACACAGGCAUCCUUGGCACUCCUCAACCAAACCCAAAACCUGAUUAUUGGAGCAGGUCUGCUGGCCGGUUCCCUACUCUGUGCCUACUUUGUGACGGAAAGAACAUUCAAGGUUGGUGAUUUUGUUCUGUUUGGAACGUAUAUCAUCCAACUAUAUACUCCUCUCAACUGGUUCGGUACUUACUACAGAAUGAUUCAAAAUUCCUUCAUUGAUAUGGAAAGCAUGAUCAAGCUUUUUGAGGAGGACAUGGAGGUGAAAGAUGUGGUAAACGCAGUGAAUUUUCACUACAAACUAGGAAAAGUUGAGUUUGAGAAUGUUUUCUUCAGCUACACAAAUGGCAAGGAGGUUCUUAAGGAUGUCUCCUUUACAGUUCUACCGGGACAGACUGUGGCCCUAGUGGGACCAUCAGGCUCCGGGAAGAGCACCAUAAUCCGACUCCUAUUUCGCUUCUACGACGUUCAAGGUGGUUGCAUUCGCAUUGAUGGUCAGGACAUUUCCAAAGUGACCCAAACGUCGUUACGGGCGCACAUCGGUGUGGUCCCGCAGGACACGGUGCUUUUCAACGACACCAUCCUGGAGAACAUCCGCUAUGGUCGCGUCUCGGCUAGCGACCAGGAGGUGGAGGAGGCUGCCAUAGCUGGUGAUAUCCAUGACAGGAUCAUGGCAUUUCCCGAAGGUUACGAUACUCAAGUGGGCGAAAGAGGCCUCAAGCUGAGUGGAGGAGAGAAGCAGAGGGUGGCGAUAGCUCGGACCAUUCUCAAAGCACCUCAAAUGAUUCUGCUGGAUGAGGCGACAUCAGCACUCGAUACCCAAACAGAACGCAACAUCCAGGCCUCGCUAGCUAAAGUCUGUGCUAAUCGAACAACAGUCGUCGUAGCUCACAGGUUGUCCACAAUCAUCGGAGCCGACCAGAUUCUCGUCAUCAACGAGGGUCGGAUCGCCGAGCAAGGACGACACGAGGAGCUACUGCAAAAGUGCGGACUUUACGCGGACAUGUGGACAAAGCAACAGCAAGCUCAGGACUCUGAUUCCUCGUCAGAUACGGAGAGCAAAGACUGCAAAUCAGAGAAACUGCAACCUUCUUCCGCGCCGUCAGGCCACCAUGGCCAUUGAAUGUUUGCUGUGAUUUGACUUUGGAAAGGCUUAUUUAUUUAUCCGUCUGUGUUAUUCUGCUUUAUCUGAGGUAGCUGGCAAAAGCAGCAGUUUAACGACCUCUAGUGACCACACAACACUAGUUAUGCUAUGAUUUCAGGGUUCAGUCGUCACAAUUUCGUGAAGUUUUAAUAUAGCGCUCCAUUUGAUUCAGUUUUAGAAUACUGUCCUACUUGUAAUUUGGAUUAGGGAGUUUGUUGUAUCGAAUGUAAAGCCGUACAUAGUACUUUUGAGGGGUUUUUAAUGUGUCUAGCAUGCUCACGCUAAUGACAAUUUUAUGUACUCAGUUGUAGAGGUGGUGCAUUCAAAAAGUUUUAAUGUUCUCAGUUUUAUGUUGCACUGUCGGUAUUUAUUUGAGCCGCAGAACGACUUGUCUGUACAACAGUACAUUGUAUGUGCCAUUGGAGAAUUGGUGGACGUUUGGGCUUCAAACUUUUUGAAAAAUAAAGCUUUAUUUUUUUUUAUUUAUA